CUCAUGGUGACGAAUGAACAUAACAACCACAAACGUUUACCGCGUCGGUUGAGACCCUCUCUCUCUCUCCUCUCUCUCUUCCCUCUGUCUUGUCUGCUAAUCAUCUUUACCGACUCUCCCUUACAAGCCACUUCUCCUGUUUUCCCUGUCAGCAGCACAGGCAGGGAGGGAGAGAAGGAAGGAGGGAAGCUUCUUUAUUUUAUUAUUUUAUUCUUUUUACUGGAGAUUUCCUGAGAUAUAUCUAGAAAGGAGGGGGAAGGUGGGAAGGAGGGGACGGGCAGCAGCGAUCGGUAGCGUUUGAGAGGAGAAAAAGAUGAGGACACAGUACAUGGCGGGUGAAGAUCUGGAGAACAGAGAUGUUAAGAACAGGGGGAACGGUUACCCUUCUUCGUAUUACUCGUCUCCUUAUUACCAAGAAACAACAGAGAAGAAAUGGAUUUCUUUUUUGAUUCCUUUGUUUGUGGUGGCUAACGUUGCUAUGUUUAUAGUCUCUAUGUUUUACAACAAUUGUCCCAAAGACAAUUCUGGGAUUUAUGGAGGCUGCGUGGCAAAAUUUCUUGGCAGAUUAUCCUUUCAGCCUCUCAAGGAGAAUCCCCUAUUUGGACCCUCUUCUUCAACAUUGGAUAAGUUGGGAGCUCUUGAUUGGAACAAAGUGGUUAAUGGGCAUCAAGGAUGGAGACUAGUUUCAUGUAUCUGGUUGCAUGCAGGUGUUAUUCAUCUGCUUGUGAAUAUGUUCAGUCUGCUCUUCAUUGGGAUUCGCCUUGAACAGCAAUUUGGUUUUGUGCGAAUUGGGGCUGUCUACCUCUUGUCAGGAUUUGGAGGGAGUGUUCUUUCUUGCCUUUUCAUUAGAAGUAGCAUCUCUGUUGGUGCGUCUGGUGCGCUGUUUGGACUUCUUGGAGCCAUGCUUUCAGAACUUCUUAUAAACUGGACUAUCUAUACAAACAAGGCUUCAGCAAUAUUUACGCUUGUGGUCAUCAUUGCCAUUAACUUGGCUGUUGGAAUUCUUCCUCAUGUUGACAAUUUUGCGCAUAUCGGGGGAUUCCUGACAGGCUUUCUCCUUGGCUUUAUUCUGCUGGUCCGACCUCAGUUUGGUUGGGUGGAGCGCAACAAUCUUCCAGCCAAUGUUCGUGCAAAAUCCAAAUACAAGGCAUACCAAUAUGUAUUGUGGUUGGUCUCAUUGGUCUUGCUAAUUCUUGGUUACGCAGUUGCACUGGUAAUGCUGUUUCGAGGGGUUAAUGCGUAUCAGGAAUGCCACUGGUGUCAUUACCUUAGCUGUGUCCCUACUUCAUUAUGGUCUUGUGGGAAUACCUGAAGUCUCAUGUGGCUCUUCAUCUUGUCAUCUGAUUUGUAAUUUCCGCGGUGUCUUGUUUUUUUGCUGUGUACAUGCACAUAUGGUUUGAAGAAUAUGGACUCCCUCUCUACCCCAAUUUUUCUCUCUUCCUGGACUUUGAACGUGAAGGCUAUUGUACUGCCAUAGCUGUUGUUUCCUGCUACUCAUGAUGUGUAAAGAUUAAAAUAUUCAAAGGGGAGUACAUAAGAUUUGUUUUGUUUGACAUUUUA